GAAAGUGUGGGCGGAUGUUGUGGUGUUCCUGCCGCUGCUUCAAGGCGUUGAGGCAAUAAUGGGCGUGGCCUCGCGCUGGUAAGCGACAGAAAGAAGGCGUGGUUAUAGGGAAGCCGCGUGGUGGGGGUGGGGUUAGCGGCUGCUGGGGAUUGUGUCACUUUGCAGAGUGAGGAGAGCCGGGAGGCAGCGAGGUGGAUCGUGGAGUAAAGACUGGUGUCAGGCGGUAGUGGGUGACGGCCACAGCUCGGAGACAGGUACGACACUGUGUGUAUUAGCAGGACCUAUGAAGACCUGUAUAUAUGGGCUAGAAAAGAAUUAGAGAAGAUAUAGGUGAUAUUCAGAGGUGAAUUUGACCUGCGCCUGAGAUACUUCAUGAGACCAUAGAAGAAAAAAAUGGCUGACUUGUCUUGGAAAGCAGCAGAUACUGAGCAUCAGAGCUGAGCAAGAGGCUCUUACUAUCCCCCCUCCGUACAACAAAGGAGAGGAAUUUGCAGAGGGAGAGAGAUCUUUUCUGCAGGAUUUACAAAAGCUGCUUGAAGUGUAAAACUGCUCUGGUCGUAUCCUCUGGAGACUCUGGUCACCUAAGCGAUUCGUCUCUAGGAGUCAGGACACCGACUUCCAUCAGACGCCCAGAAGAGAUGGUGCAGAAGUACCAGUCCCCGGUGCGGGUCUACAAGUUCCCCUUUGAGCUGGUCAUGGCAGCCUAUGAGAAGCGCUUCCCCACCUGCCCCCAGAUCCCGGUUUUCCUGGGCAGCGACAUCUUGCAGGAGCACAAGAGCGAGGACGGGUCCAUUCACAUGGUGGAGAGAAGCUGCAAACUGAACGUAGACGCACCACGGCUCCUCAAAAAAAUAGCAGGGGUCGAAUUUGUCUAUUUCAUUCAGAAGAACACAGUGAACUGGAAGGAUCGCACGCUGGUGAUUGAAGCUCACAACGAGACCUUCUCCAGUCGUGUGUUGGUGAAUGAGACCUGCAGUUACUCAGUUCACCCUGAGAAUGAGGAAUGGACCUGCUUCGAGCAGACCGCGUCGCUGGACAUCAAGUCGUUCUUCGGCUUUGAGAGCACGGUGGAGAAGAUCGCAAUGAAGCAGUAUACCGCCAAUAUCAAACGGGGUAAGGAAGUCAUUGAAUUUUACUUGAAUGAGCUCAUAUCCCAAGGUAUCACUCACCUUCCCAAGUGGACCCCUGGAUUAUCAGCAGGCUGGCACCCAGUACAGGCUUGCAGGAGUGGAAUCCCCUGCAGCAACCAGGCUGAGCAAGUGGCGUCUCAAGGACCAUGUAAAGGAGAGACAGGGAGCCAUGGCUUAGUUGCAGAGCCAUCGACUCCAGAGACUGAUAAACUGGAAGCCGACUACAUAGAACGCUACCUCGGACAGCUCACACCAAUGCAGGAGAGCGCCCUCAUUCACCUGCGCCAGUGGCUGCAAGAGACGCACAAAGGCAAGUCAGAGGCCGGAGAAUGGAAGCCAGAAAAGAUCCCGAAAGAUGAGCACAUCCUGCGCUUUCUCCGGGCUCGCGACUUCAACAUGGAAAAAGCCAGAGAGAUGCUGUGCCAGUCCCUGUCGUGGCGCAAGCAGCACCAAGUGGAUUACAUCCUCCAGAACUGGCGGCCUCCCCGGGUACUAGAAGAGUAUUAUGCUGGGGGCUGGCACUACCACGACAAGGAUGGGCGGCCUCUGUAUAUCUUGCGCUUGGGGCAGGUCGACACAAAAGGUUUGGUGAAAGCGCUCGGGGAGGAAGCCAUCUUGCGGCAUGUUCUCUCCAUUAAUGAAGAAGGACAGAAACGCUGUGAGGAGAGCACUCAUCUGUUUGGCCGGCCCAUCUGGUCAUGGACCUGCCUGGUGGAUCUUGAAGGCCUCAACAUGAGGCAUCUCUGGAGGCCUGGUGUAAAAGCCUUGCUAAGAAUCAUCGAGGUUGUGGAGGCUAAUUAUCCAGAAACCUUGGGGAGGCUGCUGAUUGUACGGGCCCCACGCGUGUUCCCUGUUCUGUGGACCCUGGUCAGUCCGUUCAUUAAUGAGAACUCCAGGCAAAAAUUUCUUAUAUACAGCGGAAACAACUACCAGGGACCAGGCGGCAUUGCUGACUAUCUGGACAAAGAGAUAAUCCCGGAUUUCCUCGGGGGAGAGUGCAUGUGUAACAUUCCCGAGGGUGGACUCGUCUCAAAGUCACUGUACCAGUCUGAAGAGGACGCAGAAAUGUCCGAUCACAUACGGCUCUGGACAGAAACCAUUUACCAGUCGACCUGUGUCUGGAAAGGAGCGCCACACGAGAUCAUUGUUGAGAUCCUAGAGGAAGAGUCGGUUAUCACGUGGGACUUUGACAUCCUGCGAGGAGAUGUUGUUUUCAGCCUCUUUCACUCCAAGCGAGCCCCAGAUAUGCGCCAGAGAGAGCUGGCCCCGACGGCCGUGAGCACCCCGUCCAGCAACGUGCAGCUGAUUGACAAAAACUGGACCUUUGGAGUCGAUUACAGCAGAGUUCAGGCUCCGUUAGUCUGCAGAGAGGGGGAAAGUAUUCAGGGCUCACACGUCACUCGCUGGCCAGGGAUCUACAUCCUGCAAUGGAAGAUGCACAGUUCUGCCUCCGGCUCCAGCAUGGCUCGGGUCGACGACGUGUUGGCGUCUCUCCAGGGCUCAAGUCACAAGUGCAAACUUAUGUAUUACUUCGAGGUUCUGGCCUCCGAGGAUUUCAGGGGUUCCAUGUCCAGCCUGGAGUCCUGCAGUGGCUUCUCUCAGCUAAGUGGAGUCACCAACUCCUCAAACAAGUCUCAUAGCAGCUCCCUGAUCUCCAGAUAACAAACAGUUCGGGGGUCGGCGCCCCUUGUGUUUUGGUCCAUGUGCCCACGAUUGGCCUUAUCUUCACUGUAGAUGACAAGGUCCCUGGUGGCCAUCUUGUCUCACUUCAUGGCACAACUGAGCAUCUAGUGUUACUAGGACUGGAGAAGCAGCUCCAUCAGAGUUGCUCCAGCACAGAUUUGGGCUGUAUCAGCGCGGGGAACUUUAUCCUCCGCGUCUCUUCGUGUCUUCAAUGCAGGACACAGGACAAGUUACAUUCGUGUCACAGAUUAACACUUUAACCAAAGAAGCGUAUGGAAUUGUUCUUAACUUCCACCUGACAGAAGUACCGAGACCACUAGAAUUGAAUAGGAGACCACCUUAUAUCAGAAUGUCUUUUAAAGAGACCUUUCUAAAGCCUCUUGUAGAGGUUGCCUUUAUUCAUUGCAGUAGGUUGCUCUGUUCACCCAACCCUAGGGCACAUAGAGAAUGGGCUGAACCAGUCACACGACUUUUUCCUUUAUUCAUUGCAGUAGGUUGCACAGUUCAUCCAACCCUGAGACACCUAGAGAAUGGGCUGAACUAGCCACAUGAUCGUUUCUUAUUUCGGGUGACUGUAGACUCCAUAAUGCACCUCACUGCUCUGCCUUAUUAGACCUCUUAGACCUCAAUGCCGUGUUCAUUUAAACCCGUUAUAGCUCUAUAUAAUUGUGCAUGCUCUUGGAUUUCUGUAGGACACCUCUGGUCUACUAGCAGCUUUUCUCAAACUUUGUUGGCUGGAAGAUGUAGAUGUAGAGCACCUUGACCUAUCCUUGUCUAUAUCUCUCUUUAUACUCUCUCUGGCCAAUGGGAGGGACCAUAGUGUUGAUAUCCCUCAAUACCAUCCCUACAUCUUUCUAGAGAAUGUAGUCAUUGGUGUAUGUACUUGAAACCUAAGGAGAACCUCACUUCUUGUCUAAUGCAAAGCCUGCACGUUGCACUUAUGUAGAGAAGUUAUUCACUAAUGCGUUGGUGUUUCAGCUGGAGAUGUAUGAAAUCCAUGCAGUAUUUUUACCUGGCUGAGUUGGAGUUCCUCACCAGGCCAGGUCCUGUUUCCUGACCAAGGUAGGAGAGCAGCCCACAAGCCCUAAAAGCACUGACUGUGAGUGACUAUACCAGGCAGCUUGAAUACACUAACCAAUAGAACUCUGCUGCUAUUAAUUCUCAUAGGUUCCAUUUCAAGUUGCGGUACCCUAACUGCUUGAGUUCCCUUUAUGAUACAUGUAUAUAUAUUUAUGUAUGCUUCAUAAUACUCUUUGCUAUAGGUUUAGAUUGCAGUCGAACUACAGUUAACUUUACUAUCAAAAAAGGGCUCGAGGAGCAUGUGUAGGGUGCUCCAAGUUACCUAUUUCUAUAGCGCAAAUGCAAAAAAAAAAUGGUGCAUUGUUUAGGAUCAUUAUUGCUGAGCAAUGUUGUAAUUGGUGAGUGGCUCACCCUCUCUGGUGGCUACACAAUCCAGCGUCAACCCAACGUUUGGUGGGUCGCAAUUCUUUUGAGGGCGUGAGCCUCCAUGAUGUCACAUUUGACACCCCAUCUGACAGUGCUGUGCUACAUGACAUUGGUCUUGGUGCUGCUGUCACAGCCUUGGACAAUAAAGACCACCUGCAAGAAACAGGCAAGACCAACCAAAACUUCUAAAAUGUUUGUCAUCAUGAUGGUCUUCAGGUGGCCUUGUUCUCAUCUCAGACUCAGGCCCACAACACUACUAACAGUCUGGGUACUCAGUCUUGACCCACUUUGGUCUUUGGGACCUAAACUAGGGUGUCUACUAGACUGUAUGUUGCACUAUAUGUAAGUGUUCGUGUACCUUCAGUGUUCACUAGUAGUGAACCUUAUUGAUCUCACUACAGGCUGGUGAUGGUUGUAGGCAGCGUCAGACUGGGGUGUCCAGGUCCUAUCAGGGCUUCUGCCUGUUGGCCCAGUUCGACCCUGGCUGUAGGGUUGCCAGUUUGAGUUUAGAGGCCACCAGAAAGUCAUUGUUUCAUCCCCAACCUCGGUGAUGAGUCUUAUAAUGAGGCUCUGGUAAGUCAGGGCACCUAGAUUAUGUUAAGGUUGGCUGUAUUACUUAUUAUUAUGAACAUGUAUUUAUGAAACGCCAACAUGUUCUGCAAGUCACCGAAAAAAACACCAAUUACCAAUACAAGAGGUCCUGCUAAAAGGGCUUAUAGAAACCAAACUCUGCAGGAUAUUUCCAGCAUCGGACUGGGGGUCCAGCACCCACCAGGGUCCCCGAGACACCCCACCGCAGGAGCAACUGCCCUCCACCACCCCUCCAACCAGUUGGGGCCAGUAGAGGAGGUCAGGGAGCAGCCUGGGGGUCGGCAGGGUCCGCCGGUUUUUAUCCCAGUGUCCCGCCUUCCCAGUCCAACCCUGGAUAUUUCAUUUGUGUUUAAUGUGGGAAUGUGUACAUAUACAUAUAUAUAUAUAGGGAUUUACAUAUGUUACAGGUAUACAAUACAGGGGAAGCACAAGGCCAUCUACCUCCCAAAGAGCUUUCAGUCUAGUGCAGUGUACUGCCAGGGGCUGCUGGGAGUUGCAUGUUAGCAGCAGACUAUAAGGACGCAUGCACUUUAUGGGGAGGACAUAGUGAAAGCACAAACUCCUCUUAGGGGCAGUGAGUUCAACUCUGGGGGCUACAUACUGUAUGUACCGCCUGCGCUUAUAUACAAAUAGUCUCACACUGUGUAUAGGCGCUAAAUGCCUGCGCUCAUGUUAAGAGGUGCCGUUUUUUCUUUCAGACCAAUGUUAUUUAUGUUUUUAAAGGGCUUUUUCUAAAUACUGUACUGUAGGCUCACAGGAUCCUGGCACAACUCUCGCUGGGGGUGAUAUUGUCUGCGUCAACAAAGUCACAACAAGAUGCACUUACAAAACACAAAACAACAGCAGCUCUCCUGUCCAGCUCUUGACGUGUGUCGGAACAUUCAGGCCUGUGGCACAAUUUCAAUGGCCUCUAACCCUUGUAGGUCACACAUUACUCUCAAUUAUCAUUUCAAUAUUCAUAAUAACCCAUUAUAGUACUUCUGUGCCCCAAACUGCUCCCCGAUUGGCCACUCAGAUUAAUGUACCAUCAUUUGGAUGAAGCUGAGGUUCCCUAUUCCCUAUCAGAGUCUUUAGAGGGUUGUUCACCUUUAAAUUAACUUUUAGGGGCCCAUUUACUAAGCUUGAGUGAAGGAUUCGAAGUAAAAAA